AACUAAGGGCUGCGUAGGAAAAGAAAGGGGUCGAAGAAGUGGGAACGUAACGCACGCGCAUACUCAGUGAAGUCCUGAGGCUGGAAAAGGAGAGGUUGAACUAUCAGGCCUUUGGGUCAGGUCUCUUUCCUACCCACCCCUCCCGCGCUCCUGAAAGGAGGAGGGGCGAAUGUAAGAGUUAUUGGGAUAUCCCAUGCGCCUCUCUGCAGGGGCGAAGUCAGCCGUAGCCUGCAAGCUGGGUGUCAGGUGCCAACAAUAUGCCUACCUUGGACCCGGAGCAGCUGUUGAUCAGGGAAAUGAGGGAGGAUGAAGCACCCAUUGUUUUGGAACUUCUGAAGGAUGGAUUCAAAGAUACGGAGAAUCGCUUGAUACUUUAUGUGCUGACACGGCCACUAGCCUUGUUACUGAUGGCAGUUGUGAGCAGUGGACUGCGCUUCUUCCUGAACUCCUUUGUGGUGGCCCUUGUGCUGCCAGUACUCCUCACUGUAGUGGCUCUGAAACUUCUACUGUGGCGCUCACCAGACCUUAAACACCUGCAUGCCUAUUACAGUUCAAGUCAUCGUGGGCUGUGGGUGGCUGUGUAUGAUGAUGAUGAUGUGUGCGGCUGUGUGGCUUUAGAACCUCUUGAGGGAGAGCCACGCACUGCUGAGCUCAAGCGCUUGGCUGUCAGUCGAUGGUAUAGACGCUCUGGUGUGGGUCGGUACCUCCUUGGCUUUCUGGAGGCACAGGCUCGUGCACAGGGCUUCAGAUUCCUGGUGGCCCAGGUCUCCGUGGUGGCCAAGGCUGCUAUUGGGCUCUUUGAGAGCACUGGCUAUAGUGUGAGUGCUGGGCGCCCAUGGCUGGGUUACACUGUUCAACAAGAGUUCAGCAAACAGCUUUAGCAACUAUGUCUACUAGUUUGGCCCCAAGCUGCUAGGCAGGGGAGCACAUGUUUUGAGUAAUUUUGUCCUUGAACAAAGAAAACACGGAGUUCCAGAAAAAGACUGUAGUUAACAAGGCAUCUCCAGGUCCUAAACAGUAGUUACUGUUAACAUGGUUUCUGCUUAGAAAACAAAGUGUGGCUGCAAAGCAGAUCAGGAUAAAGGGUUGUUUGUGCCUUUUCCCCAGUCUGGCAUGGCAGUCAAACUCUGUGUCAUUUGGGAUUUCUGUCCCAGAUUAUUCACUCACAUUGGGAACAGGAACUGAGGCUCAUUCCCUGUGUUCUCUUUUGGGGUCAAAGUAACUCCACAUUUUAUACAAAGGGAACACCAAAUUCUGUCAAUUUAGAAAAUUUGUGCAUGAGUGUAUGUAUAUAUACACACAGACACAGAGGGUGUACCAAAAGUCAGGCCCCACAGACAAUUUAUCAUAUAAAUUACAUUAAAUGUUCAGAUUGGUUGCCCUUUUCUUCUGAACCCUUCCUUACUUGUUUGAUGCAUGACUUUUGAACAUUCCUAAGUACAGUAACAUUUUCUUUGGGAAAAAAAAAAACAUAUAUAGUGAUUGGUCUAUGGGGUCUGACUAUUGGAACUCCCAAUAUAUAUAUGCAUUCCUGCAUGCAUGGCACUUCAUAUAAUAGAACAGGCACCUGAAAAUUAUUUUUGUUCAAAUAGCUGUUCAGAAUGUGCAGAUGAGAAACCUAUUGAGAAUGCCAAAUCCAUAUUUCACCUGCAAACCAGUCUGAAUGCACUCUAGCUUUUAUCAGGUUAUUGUGUAUUUUCUUUGCAAGUUAAUGAUCAGGAUGGUGAAUUCCUAGCAGCUGUCCAGUUUUUUUAAAUGGGUUAAAGAAGUCUGUGAAGCAAGCAUCUUGGCUUUCUGUUUGAUCCUGUAGUCCGUUGGUGCCAUACAGCCUGGACAGAUCCAGUCACUUGCAUUUGCUACUUAAUGUAAUUUACAUUUAUUCCCCCACUCCUGUCAGCUGGUGGUGAUUUUAUAGACAAGUUUUCUAAAUCUGUAUUUGCAUGCCUGGGUGGAGUAUAUGAGAACCAGGGACGGAGAAAUGGAGGGGGUGGAUUCUCGAGCCAAUUUAAGUUUCACUUUUAUUUUACAAAUUCAGUAAAACAAAAACUGAUUUAAGAACCACAGGUGAAAACACUUUUUUAAGAUGAGAUUUCCGAAGUUCUUUUACAGAUUCCAGAUAGAUUAGGGAAAUUGAACAUGAGCCCUAUGUUAAUUGUGUGCAUAAAACCUCUGAAAUACUAUAAGAAGACAGUGUGGAUAUCCUUGGAAAUCAUGAAUCUUUGUGCAAGCAGGUGUGCCCCUUUCAUGGGAACUAGUUUAUACUGAUUAUGUUGUACAGAUAAAUGAGUUCUCACAGAAUGUGGAGACAGUAAAAGCUGGCAAGAUCAUUUUUUAAAAUGAUACAUGUUAAUAUACAUAUGUAUUUAAUUCUUGCUGCAUAUCCCUGCUUCAUUCUAAUGUCUUUUGAAGAUAAACAGGUGACUGGAAUUUUAUGGGCAGAAUGUAGAUGGGGCAAGGAAUAGAGUCUCAGACACAAAAAGGAUUAAGAACACACACAUCCGAAUAGCCCUUCAAAAGCUGAUUUUUCUUAGGAUGAGCUAAUAAACCUUCUGACACUCAUGUAUGUGUAACGUAUAGUUCAGUGUCCAGGUUAGCAAACAGCACAGACUCAGCUUCAUUCUACAAUGCUAUUUUUUAGCAAUCAAGCUAGGUUGACUGACAAGCUAUUUAGGGCUCUAUUAGGCCAGGCAGGAAGUUGAUUUUAGAAAUUCUUGGCUAUACUCUGGUUCAUGACUGAAUCUUCCUCCAGAUGUUUUAGCCAAAAGAAUUGAAAAAUGAGAGUGACUCACUGUUCCUCUACCCAGCUUCCAUCAUGCUGAACUAGAUUUCCAAUCUCAUUAAAUGUACACUGCAAAAGAAUUCAGUGGAAUGGAAAUUCUGUACAGAAAUUUCUGUAAAUUUAUACACACAAUUUUUUUUAAUCUGUUCAGUUGUGUCCGAUUCUCAGAGACUACCUCGACAAGUCCCUGAACUUUUCUUGGCACGCACAUCCUCUCAGUGAAAUGUUGUGACUGGGAGUAGAGGCAAUGCCUUUUAAUUUGAAGUACCCAGUCACAGUGCACAGAGGUGUGUUACAUCUGUGUGACAGCCAAGUCAUUGGAAGCUGAGUUAUAGUUGUUUGGACUGACAUGUUCUGUCUUUCUUGCCAUAGUGAGUUCAGGGGUGGCAGUUUACUUUUUAUCAUAGGAGAAAAACAUCAAACCUAUUUACUGUGUUAGGGAACACCACAGAGACAAAGGGAAAAGGUCAGGUAUAAGUAUACUAGACAUGGGUCCUCUGACCCAGUAUUUCCGUAUGUGUAGCUCUGUGGUUUUCCCUUUACGCUCUGACUGGAUGCUCUGUUCUCAUUGGAUUCCAGUUUGUGCAGAUGGGAAUUUUGCCUUUUAGAAAUAUUUAUGAAUUCUGAACCCUCCCCUUCCCCCAAUAUUUAUAUUGCCCCAUAAAUCCACGUGGGAGCUAGCAACAACUGUGGUAUCUUCUAUUUCCAUUAUUUCUCAUUCUGUCUGUAUUCUCUUAAUCUACCC